AUGGGAAAAUAUUUUCAUAAUGAUCAUGCAAGGAGGACUUGCAUUACAGCGUAUCCAAACAUGAUAACGAAAUCCGAAAGGUAUAUGCAAAAUCACGUGAUUUCUAAGGAAAAAAAUGAAUAAAAAAUGAAGGGUUGUUAUGUUAAGAAUAUCGCGACAUUUUUGUAGAUGUUUUGAAAAGCAUUUAGCAGGAAAACACAAAGAAAACAUAAGGACAGUCUACAACUUAUUUGACCACUGAAAUAUGGCACUUUCUUCAGACUUUCGUCAUCUUAAAAGUCUUCUUACCACUAGAUCAGUCUUCCAUCUGUUUUGAAGAUGGCAGCCUGUACGUUGCUCGUGCUCCGUUCCAGCAGCCACGAAAUGCUGCUGUGUAAAAGCGUAGUCGGCCAAGAACUUCAGACACUGCUAUUUGGGCCUCUCUAAUAGUUGCUGGACCAUAUUUCUUGGCUCUUCUCCCAGGAGCUUGCCAUAAUAGUCUCACGUUGUGUUGCACAAAAGCUUGAAACAACUCUGUGGAUUUGACUCGUUGCCCUUCGGUGGUAGCAUAUAUGUAACAUGUAUACGCAUAUAUAUAUGUGUCACAGCUUGAAUCUUUGACUCUCUUAACUGCUGAUGUAUCAAAGGAUUAUACUGCUGCACGUCAAUGACUCCAUCCAAGUUAUCUUUGCUGCAAGAUUUAUUUGAAGACAACAUUCUAACAUGACAACACUUCUUUUUUUUCAUCGAAAAACGUGAUUUGUUUUCCUUAAAAAUUAUGUGAUUUUGUGUACCUUGGUGAUUUUGUUACCAAGUUUUGAUACCCCGUAACGCAAUUCCUCCUUGUGUGAUCAACAUGAAAAUAUUUUCCAUGUGUGGAAUUUAAUAUUGUUUAAGGGACAAAUAUAUCAUUAAGGGUCCUUAUGGCUUGUGGAUUUUUGUAUAAUAAAACGUCAAUCCAGAACAGUUUUGUCCAGUUUACUAUGUGUCUUGUACGUGUAGGGUAUUGUCUCCUUGGUUGUCAGUGACAUACACCUCUACUCACUGUUAAUAAUUAACAAAGAAAGACCUGUACAAGAAGGUAAAACUGAGAACAUUAGACACUGUUUUAAGAUGAAUAAAAAGAUUUUUCCUCUCUUUAUCACAGAAAACAUACAAUUGUCUUCUGCAUAAAAGUAUAGUGCAACCGCAUUUUUGAAAGUGCCUUUCGCUAUUUCAAUCAAUCAAUCAAUCAACUUUAUUGGUACAGUACAGUAUUGUUGUAAAGUGCAGUGAACUCAACCAGAGUGCUGCACCCAAUAACAAUCAGCCAAUCACAAGUCAUGUUUACAAGGACAGUUAGUUGCUUGUCAAAAACAAGAUAUCUCUUUAAAUCUCAAAGUGCCACCGCCCAAGUGUGCUUGACGCUACUAUUAAACCAUGAUUAAUAGUAGCAUCAAGAAAUCCAGUCAAUACAAAAAUAGCUACUACAUUUGGAAUUCAUAUUUCAGAAAUAGUUUGCUUGCGCAGUAAGCAGCUGAUGUAUAAUUUGAUCUUGAAAUUGGUGUAGCUAAUGUGGCAGAAUUACCAAGAGAAAAUGCAAUGAAAUAUUUAUUUACAUAUUUCCUCUCCCAAUAGAUAAGAGCACCUGCCGGAAGAUCCUGUUCCCAAACUUGCUACUUACUGCCACUUGUUGAAAAAGGGAAGAAAAAUAGCUAACAACUGUUUACAGCCGUAGUAAUUCUUAUUGCAAUUUUUUUUUCUAAAUCAUACAUAAAAGACCAUUGUCAAACGCUUUUGAAAAAGAAGAGUAGAGAUCAACCAAAUGCAACAACGCGACAUGUUUUGAUAUUACAUGUCACUAUCACACGCGAUGCUUGACUUCCGCGACCCCGGAGUGCAAUGUGAGAAGUGAAAAAUCAGUUACUGUGCCCAGUAGGCUAAAUGCUCCAAUUGUCCUUUGACGGUUGAACAAUUUGACCCUGCCAGCCCGCGUCGGUUUGAAAUUGUCGACUUGACGGUUGGAGUUCGUUGCGGGUCUGCUCUCGACUCGCCUAACCUCAGCCCUGUAUUGCCCACUUCGUUGUCGAUUUAGGACCUUCGAAAUGGGAAUUUUGGCCAUGUGAAUGAUGGAAAAUGUGCGUUAUUUAUCAGGACAUCUGCUUCUGGCGGAAUUGUCUCCAUGUCGCAAAUGUCACGGAAUUUAUCGCCGCCGAGAGCGGAGGCGGUCAAGAGAGGUUUGCCAACCUUCUCUUCUCUUCUCUCUACUGUCAUCUGGGUGAAAAACUGUCGCUCCAAAAAAGGCCUUAAACAGUGCCUAGGAGGUCUGAAAUGCAGUCAGAAUACAAAGAAAAACAAGAAGACGCUAAAGGUAAGCUUCAAAGCGAUAUUCAAUGUACAUUUUGCUAAUUUAGUGAGCAAAGAAUAUUUCUCCAUACAACGUCUUAUAAUUUUCUUGUAUGAAUAAUUAAUUAGCUAAAUAGGAUAAUGUUGUUCAGGGCUCUCGUAGUGAGCUUGGGCUACCUCUGGAUGCACGUGCAGAGUUGUUGCUUUGCCUAUUUAUUUCAACCUAUUGCCUUUUUGACGUUCUCUUUGUCAUCACCGUUGUGGUAUCUUAAAGUCCCUAAUGAUAAUUUUUUAAUGCUCUCUUCGUUGGUUAAUUAUUAACAAACCCCAGCCCAACCUCUAAUCAGGGGGAACCUCUAUUCAAGGGACACUUGCUUUAGUCCUGAGGGAGUCCCCUGAAUAGAGGUUUCACUGUAUUUGUUUUAUCUAUUGCUUCAAGUUUAUUUUUUUUUUGUUUUCAAAUCUCACUUAAUAACUUUCUGUGCUUUGCACUGUGAGCCUGUCGACUUUCUUGAUCGGUACUAUUAUGAUAAUCUUUGAUAACUAAGACUUUUUUAUGCUCCAUUUCUUGUACACUGUAGAAGUUAAAAUUCUCCUCUACAUGUAAUAGUAUUGCAUGAAACCUGAAAUGAUGCGACAAUGGCCGCUAUUGUCAAGUGAAAUUUACCCUACGUUAUAAAGUUAUUCUUCAGGUAUUAUUAAGUCAGUCCGAUAAUGAGUUUUUUGUGUGUCUUAAAAAUAGUUAUCAUCUUAAUAUAUUUUUUUAAUCACUUAUUACCCUUCUUUGUUCAAAUUAAUAAUAAUCUAAUAAUAAUCUUUAUUGAGAUGACUUUUUCAUAUAAAAUAUGGUUUUUACAUGUAAAAAGGAUCUCAUAAAAUUAAAAAAAAUACAAAAUACACACAAUUCGCAAAGACAUUUAAAAGCUAAAAUAUGUAACAACUAUUAAAAAGUACAAGAUAUUAACUCAAAUUCAUUUAAAUUAUAAUUUUUCAUGUAAUGUCGGGGAGAGAAGAUGUUACCUGGCAUGUUCAUGGUAGGGAAUUAAGGGAGAUGUGGUGUUGCCCUCUACCUAAAGGUCUGGGGACGAGCCAGGGACCACAUGGUCUAGUGUAUACUGGGCAACCUCAUAGGGAUUGGCUGGGAAAACAAUGAACAAACAAUGUAACAAUGGAACCUAGCCCGAAACAAAAGAGCUGUGACAUACAGGAAUCCAAACAAAUUAGGGGUUCUAAAGAGGUGCAAGGCUACGGUUUUGACAAAUGAUUCUGAGCUAAACAUAUUGUACAAAUUUUGCUUUAGGUGAUGACCUCUUGGUUAAAUUAGCCUGCGAAACGCAUAUCUAUGUCCGGUUUUUCGGAGGGAGCGAAGCGACGACCGGAAAUACUUCUGCGUUUCACAGGCUAUGGUUAAAUGGGGUGUGAAUAUGGUUGUUUUCAGGAAACGCCUUUUUUUUCGGAAACGCCCGCUGAUAAGAAGGUCCCGUUUUUUGAAGUAGGUUCUUGUUCUUGGGGUACUUAUUGGGUACUUACAUGUAAUUAGGUUCUUACAAGUAAUUUUUAUGAAGGACAUAAUAGAUUGUUGAUGAUGAGAAAAAUAAAUAAAUUUUCUGCUUAUUCACAAUUAUGAUAACCGUAUUAACAGAACUUAUUACCGAAUAUCAUACAGUUUAGUACAGCAUGCUUUUGUUGUACUUAAAUUUACAACUCAAAGUUACACUCCUUUGUUAAACUGUUUAUCAUAAUUUAACUGUAAAAAUUAACCACAUAUAAGAACCUGCUUGAUUUAGCUUGCCUAAACAGGUUCUUGUAUUCUUAGGUAUUAAAGUGCAGAUUUCUGCCAGGAGGUUCUUAACAACAGGUUCUUAUAGUCAAACCAGACAAACCUGUAUUAAGCAGACCUCUAUAAGCGGUCACCAAUUAAAGUCCUGGAAAUAGCUUCCCUUAAUUAUUGUAAAAACUGAUCUGUAUUUAGCAGUUACCUCUUUUAAGCAGCCGUGGUCACCUGUUUUCAAGGUCCUAAUGAGCAAUUUGUUAUUGUCUUUACCUUUACACUGUGUAGGGUGUUUAGUGGUCUUUUACAGACUUGCCAACCCCCAAAAGGCAUAAAAUAAGAGAUUCUGAACCUAGAGCUAGGAAAAGUAUUGCAGAGAAAUAGGUAUAAAGCCGCGGGCCAUAAAUUAUGGGGCAAAAGAAGGAUCGUGGUUAAUUUUAAUACUGAAAGAUUACAACUAAACCACAGUUUGGUACCUUGUUAUGGGUCAAAAAAGAUGACGAAGGAAAGGAUAGGUCUUUUUGUCUUAUCUUUGGUCCGUAUAUUAAGUUGAGGAUCGAACAUUUACCAAUCUAGAAAAAGAAAUAUAAGUUAUGGUGAAAAAAAGAACGAAAAUAUAAAUAUGAGCGGUGUUGACAAAUGAUUUUGAGCAGAACAUAUUGAACUCAUUUUGUUGUAACUGAGGGCAUAACUGCUUAUCCUGUAGCAAGUGAGAUCUCAGUGAAAUGAUGGGCUGUGAAUUGUUGUGUUAAGUUGUUAUUUUACGGAAAACCUACUGCCACUAUAGUCAAUAUAACUUAAAUUAUAUCAUUAUCUUUCCUUACAGUUUCAGUUUUCCAUUCUACCUAAAACUACAGUGACGGUCACCGAGGAUACAUUUACAAUUAGCGAACUAAAAUCAUGUUAUGGGGGUCCUCAAAGCGAAACUGUUCGACUAAAAGAUUAUGAUCCAAGUGAGCCUCUGCUUUUUUUUAAGAAGAUGCCCGCCACCGUGACUAUCAAAGGUAAGAGUUUGAAAUAUGGCUUUUAAUAAAAAGAGGAAUAAUGUUAAACUUACUGUAUGUACUGGGUUUAGAAACAGGUAGCUCACGCUUAUGGCGAGAGGAGUUAGUCUGUUUUUUUUUUCUUUUUUUAUUAAGAAGCUUAUGGUUAAACCCGUCCAUAUGUAUGGAUAGCUGGGCUUAAAUAUUUAGCAUUGAUUAGUGAAGUAUUCCGACUGAAUUUUAUAAACAUUAACGCUUAUGAAUUUGGUCAACCGGCAAUCCUCGCGUCAAAACGCGCUGUUAACAGUGUCAAGAGGGUUACACUACAACAACCACAUUUAUCUACUUAAGGCGUAUCUCACGUAGCCUGCGGAGCAGGCGUCGAAAGUGGUAGGGGACUGGGAGGAAGGGAGGGGAAAAAAGAGGGGGAUUGGGGAGAGAGGUAUAUCUCACGCUGGCCCAGAAUGUGGAAACGCUCAAUAGCGCUAUAGCCUAUCCAUCGCAAAAUUAAACAAAACUAACCUGUAAGUUGAAUUUUUAUUGAGAUUCUACUGAGUUAUAAAGUGCUGGGAGCAGGUAAAAGUAAAAAGGAAACAUUUAUUGAAAAAGAGUACUAGCCUGCAAAAGGCUUCAAACUAGAUUAACUAAAAGAAAUAUACGCGUAGAAUACUACAUUAAAAGUACGCGCGUACGGUAUUUACGCACGAGUUGUUGACGUAUCAGAGAGAUGCAAAAAACAAAUUCGUGCUUAAAUACCGCACAAAGCACUUUCCAUGUGGUUUUGUCUUUAGUAUACAUGUACGGUCUACAUACCGAGAGAUCAUUCUGCCAGCCUUUUAUUUUAAAAAUUUCCAGAGUGCUAAAAUGAUAAACUUGCUGCUACACAUUGUGAAAUGACUUGAAAGGAAACGACGUCCCUGUGCGUGACGUCGUCUUUAAAACCUAUAAGUAUUAAAAUUAUAACGAGCAUAAGGAUAUGAGGUACAGGCGCUGAUCUAGGAUAACUACUGACCGAUUUUCUAACGGCGAACGCCGAAAGCGCAAGUUUCUAGGGAGGUCCGGGGGGAAGGCUCCCCCGGGAAAAUUUUCUGAUUUUAACUUCCUAAACACCCUUUUCCUUUGUUUCUGAGUCAUUCAGACAUGAUAUUGGCCAGUUGCGGAUAUAUCCUUGCAAAUCGGCGGAUUACUUCAUCAAGGUCAAUUUCGGUAUUGUAGUGGAUAUGAAGCAAGGCGAGUCCAAACCAUUUUUAAGAUUGACUUGGAAAUUUCUAUAUUAUUAAAAAUGUAUUUAUUAAGAAAAAUCCGACCGAUUCCCGUAAAUCGAUCUGUGGAAACUGGUGUGGAUCCGCGCCUGAGGUAAUACAAGAUUAUACUAUUAGUUUACCGUCUUGCUUUAAGUAAUGUUCCACGCAAGAACAAGGCAGAGCAAAUGCACGCAGCGCCGUAGGGCGCUAAAUGUUGAAUUAUUAACCCAAUUAAAAUAGAGCGUUUUGAUUGGUCAGAUACCCCAAAAAUGUGAAAAAUUAGCCAAAAAGUCGCUUUUUCUCAUAUUUUUUGGAUAUUUUGGGUCCCAGGGUCCUAUUUGCUCUGUAUACGGAGUUUCGCUUCUUUUGGCCGUUUGCAUCUGUAGUCUUUUAUCUGUCGGUGGUUGUUCAUAUUCGAAGUUUCUUUUAUCAAAGAGAGCGUUUUUAAGUGUUUUUUCUCGGCAUAAAUAUGCCAUAGAGGCCUUCGUGCUGUUGCCCUCAACACGCUGCUUGGGGACAUGCGGAUGACCUCGCGAUUUUCCGAGUAGCGACCGACUUGGAACUGCGUUUUUGCGGGGUCAACCUAGAUGGUCGACGCAACAACAGGAAAAGGAAGAUUUGCUUGUCCUGCAGAGAUCGGAUAAAAAUGGAAAAUAAAUGCGAUGAGCUACAGGUAUGAUGAUCGGUAUCAUGAUCUUUUGUUCAUAAAAAAGACUUGUAAAUCAAUAAAAGACCCAUACUUUACAUAUCGCGUUCCUAUUUCUGAAUCUGGAUGGUUCUGAACAGUGAAGAAAAGGAAAUGAACGAUUGCUGUUAAAAAGGGGGUACGGAAAAUUAAAAAUCUUUUGUCAGGAAAAUAUCACAGAAAACAACCAGGUUCUGGAAAGUCUAGUUUUUCGCGAGGCAGCAGAGGAUCUUCAGUGUGAUGGUCAGACACAAACAGAUCCAGUUCCUUUGACCAGUCAAGGUAUUCAGGUUGGGGAGUUCCCAAAUAGACCAUACCAGCUGUAUGAGACCAGAAAAAAAAAUGAAAUCCGGACUGAAGUAAUUGAAAAAUUUCGUGAUCUGUUGAAUCUUUAUGUACAUGGUGAUGAAUCUGCACUGCAUGACCUCCUUGAUGAUCUCCUUCUCUCCAAAAAAUGGUCAAGCACCUUUGGAAUUUUACCAAAUAGUAAAGGAGAUUUUACUGUUCAUGACAAGGUGCUGCAUUCUAUUUUAAACGAAUACAAGGACUGCAAAAACAAAGAAGUGAACAGUGAAACAAGAAAGCAAGCUAAAAGGAUGACCCAGGCCAUCAACAUUUCAGGGACAUUGUCAAAGAGCAAAAUUGCAUUUAAUGGUAGCACCUUUGACAUCUUUAGAUCACGAACAGAUGCAGUCCGUAACUUAGAAAGGGUCAACUACAAUUCUGCAGAAAGAAGGCUUUUUUCUAUUGUUGCCAGUGACUAUCCACAGCCUCUCUUGACUAAACUGUUCCAGUGUUCAAAAAGUACAGUUACUGCUGCUAGAGUUCACGCUAUCUUGUUUGGAAGAGGAGGAGUGUCCCCUGCAUCUAUAAAAUUUUCUCGUCAAUAUGUUUCACAAGAAGUUCUUGAUCAAUUAGGGGAUUUUCUCUUAAGAGACGAUGUGUCACGUCCUUCUUCUUGUCGCAGUGUGGUCAUUGAAGGCAAGGAGUGCCCAGUUAGAUACUGGCAGGAUUCCAUCAAACAAUUGGUGAGACAGUAUCAAUUGGAAUUUCCUAAUGGUGUGAAGAGGAGUUACAUCUACGCACACAUUCCAAAGAAUUUCAGAAGCAACACCAUGCUUGCGGGCCUCUGCAAUAUUUUUGAGGACUAUGGGUUCUCUAGUUUUGCUAAGUUGAGGGAACUUGUGCAGAGCAUAGCAACUGACUACCCAUGUGAGGACCUUUCAAGUGUUAUCAAAAUGAUUUCUGGUCUGCAGCGUUACCUGAAAACAAAGUUUUCUAAUCAGGUAUUUUUCUUUUUCUUUUUCUCUUCUUUAACAAAUACAACAGUCUACUGGUAGCGGUCAUGACCUUUAAUUCAGUUACAGGUUGACAAGAAAUACAAAGAAAGAGAAUUACACUGUACCUAUACUUUUCAGGUCUCAAUGUUUAGUUGAAAACAGGAUGUGAGAUGACAGGUGUAUGUUGCAUUGUUGAUGCACAUGCCUUAAAACAUAUAAGAAAUUUUAAGAACACAAACAUUCCACGUUAAUUUUCACCCUAGCUGUUAUUUGCUUGAUUUACUUAGGUGCAAAAUCACUCCGCAUACCUGGAACUUUGCAUGGGUCAUGCAUUACAAUCAUGUGCCCUUGACCACCCUGAUGAAUGUACUGAAAUGAGGGCAGUGUAUGACAUACACUCAAGUAUGUCAACUGCUAUUUCAACAGCCACAGCUGAAAAACAGCAAGCUUUCAAAGAUCAACUUGAUGACUUCAUGAGAAACUUUUGGGAAUAUGUUGGUCAUAUUCUUAGAACAAAGCACCAGGGUGAUUACUACAGGUACAAAACCUCUUGUGUUUGGUGACGUGUGAUACCUGGUUCCAGCUUUAAUUAUUAUUACUGUAAUAUUAUUACUAGUUAUUAUUAACCAAAGAAAUUUUGAAAUUUAUUGAAUACCAAAGAACACCCUCUGGCACAUCUACAGAGAUAAGCGUAAUGAAUUUCAUUCCUUUUUCUUUGUCAAGUUAGAGUGCUGUUUCUUACUUUCAGCUUUUUGCAACAUAGUUUUUCACCUGCUAGUAUAAUGUAGUACAUCAUUUUGGCAUGUUUUAAUGGUUUUCUGUUAUUUAUAUGUAUUGAAUAGAAAUAUUUUGGGAUUCACACUCUCGUUUAUAAGUUGAAAAAGUGUUGGAUGUCUCCUCAUUCACUUUAUUCUUGGACUCGAAACCCAAGUAAAAAUCACUUGGGUCCUAUUGAUGCCUUACCAUUGAAAUAUCAUUGCAACACCUUUUCCUCCAUACAAUCUUACACUCCUUUUCUGCAGCAGGGCUGGUCAAUAAUAUUGAUAAAGUAACAUGUGUUUAAAAGUUCUUAUUGGUUACUAUCAGUCUUCAAAACUUGCAUCAUAUUGACAUUUGCAGUUUGAAUUUGAUUUUAAUAGGAAAUUUUAACUGACACCAUUUUUUUUUUGUCAUAGAUAUAUUUUGAAGAACCUCCAGCCUGGAGAAGCAGUGGUGGUGAUAGAUUAUAAAAUGAAGCUUGAACUUGGAAUGCAUGCCAGAGAGGUUCAACGAGACUGGUAUGGGAAGCGUGGCAUUUCACUUCAGGGAUUCUAUGUCAUUGCACAAGUUGCUCCUGGAGAGCGACAAAUUGAGGUUCUAGAUCUUUGGAGUGAAGACACCAAGCAAGAUGCUUGGUUUACCCAGAGUGCCCUUGGUGUUGGUUUUGAAUGGAUGGAGAAAGUUUUUCCAAACUUGUAUUUGUUUUCUGGUAAGUUAUUUCUGUGCAUUAGCUCAUACUGCCAAAAACCUGAGUCACAACUCAGUAAAUUCGCCAAGGCAAGUCAAUUCUCAGCCCUGAGGGUUUUAUUCCCUAGUAAACUCUGAAAUGGCUUGAUCUCCUUGGUAAAGCCUCUCCACAGAUUGCCAUUACUAAUUGGUUUCAACUGAACACUGACAUUACAUAUAUCCUCUUCUGAAGUUCAGUGUUCUAAGAGUUUAAUUUACAGGAGUACCAUAAUGCUCAUACUAGACAUGUUUUUCUAUAGACAAUGGACCUCACUAUCACAACACAGCUGUGUUGUUAUACCUGGCAGAGGUAAAUGCAGCCUUUAACAUCAAGCUACUAGAAUACAAUAACUUUGAAGCAGGAGAAGGAAAGACAGUUCUGGAUACUCAUUUUGCCCAUGUGUCUCAUAAAAUAGUGCGUUGGGUGCGUGUGGGCAAUAACUUAGACUCAGGAGAGCAACUGGCAAAUCUCUUGGAGGUAUGGAUUAUUAAAACUAAAAUUGAGCUACACUGUUCUGAAUACCUACAUGGAUUUUCAGUGAGGCAUACAAUCUUUACCCUGGCUUAAAAAUUACUUUAAUUCAGCUAAGUUGUCCUCUAGGCUAGCAGCUCACACAUUGACUAUUCAAAGUGUUUUGGGUAUUUAUUUAAUUCUUGUUCCAAGCAACAUGUACACGCUUAUGGAGUUGAAAUGCUGUCCCAUGAAAACUGAUCAGUGCCUUUCAUCACUUAAAUAGCACCUUAAAUGUUUUGGGUAUUUAUUUAGUAUUGUUUCAAGUAACAUGUACAUGCUUACAGAGUUGAAAUGCUGUCCCAUGAAAACUGAUCAGUGCUUUUUCAUCACUUAAAUAAAUAACCCCUCAAAUGUUUUGGGUAUUUAUUACAUAUUGCUUCAAGUAAUAUGUACAUGCAGGAUGCUUACAGACUUAACGUGGUGUCUCUUAAGAACUUAUUAGCACUCUUCAUAGUGAUCAGUGUGGAAUUUUUCCCUGAUGUAUAGCCUAGUGUAAGAUUUGUGGAAUAAAUUUUUUUGAUUUAAGUCUUCAUUAAUGCUGUACAUCAAGGCAUUUAGAAAUGAUGGUCUUUGUAGUAUAUUAUGUCAUGUUUCUUGUUCUUUUGUUCUAGACAAUGAAGAAUGUGAGAUACAAAAAACUUGUCAUCGACCGAUCAAAAGCACCAGGGAAAAUCGGGACUUUUAAAGACAUCUCUCUUUAUGGCAGCUUCAAAUUCCCCUGUAAUGGUGCAAAUGCUGGUGGUAUUACAGCACAGUCUCUUGCUGGUCAAGCAAAAUGUGUCAGCAAAACCAAGGCUCAAGUUCAGGCACUCUCAAUGCGAAGUGUGCCAAUUGCUGGAAAAACAGCUGCUAUUGUGACGGAAGACAUGUGGCAACCAUCAGACAAGACAGUGGAGGGACAUUGCAUACAGAAUGAGUCCUAUUCUGUAAAGUUCAUUCACCUUUCUCCAACUACACCUGAGGAUCUAGUUCUCGCACCUGGAAAUGAUGCAACUUCCAGCAAUGACCUUAAGCCUGCAACAGGAUACGAACUUAAGAAAGGUGGAGCAAAGAAAACUACAUUCACCAAGGAACAAAAAGAGAUCAUGAUACAGUUCUAUGAUCGCCAAAAAACAUCACAGAUAAGAGCCAAUCCAGCUGAUGUUAUCAAAGCUAUGAGAUCUGCUGGCAUUCCAGAGCUGAAAGAAUCGCAGAUUAAAAGUUGGUGGUCCACCUACCAUCGCAAACAGAAACAGCUAGCAGAAGAAAUGUUCGAGGAAGCACGUCAGUUAAGAGACCAUCUACAAGGGCAGCAAGGUACUUAUAUAUUUGCAUCUUGUUUGGAUGGCAUGUCUUGUCAGGGAAGACAACCACCCACUAUCCAUUUUGUUUACCUCCUUCUGUAGGUAAAAAGACAGGAGGAAAAAAUACUUUUCUUCAGGGGUUGUAGCUCAAUUUCUGUGUCUCCUCAUCCUAACAUCAUCCAUAGUCAUUAAAAUAAGGGUUAUGACACACAGGAAAUUGAGAUACAACUAGUAAGGAAAAUUCUUCCUACAAUUUGUCAUUUAGUUUUCACUGACAACAUAUCUCUAGGAAUCUUUAACUUGCAAAUAUUCAUAGCUCCUCUAAAAUUUUCUCUAUCCCACACCAGUUUACUAUAAAAAUGAUACUCUGCACUACUACAGCUUGUUUUGAAGUACCUUUUCUUUCCUGGUUAUAAGAGCCCCUCCCCCCCCUUUCCCUUCCCCCCUCCCUCCCCAAUUUUUUUCCUGCCUUAUUUAUGUCCUCCCCAAACACUAUGCACAUAAAUAUUUAUUCACUCACUUUUCAUAUGUUGCUUUUAUGUUUUUAUUUAUAUCUGUUUUUGGAUUCAUUUUUUUAUUCCCCCCCCCGUUUAUUUUAAAAAAUAUUCUCCUUCCUACUCACUGUUUUUUUUAGAUACCCUUUUUUUUCUGGUUUAAACAGCCCCCCCCCCCCCCUCCCCCCCCCCCCCCCCACUUAAAAUAUUCGCCUCGUUGUUUAUAGCCCCUCCUAAAAACCGGCACAAAGAUUUAUAAGCCCUGGCUUAUAAGUUUGAGUUUAGGGUAUAUUUAUAACAGUCUUUGUUCAGAGUUCUUUGUCCAUGUCUCAUUUUUGACAAAACAGCUUGCAUGUAGGCUAAGGGUACUUCACUACAUUUAGGGCUCAUAGAGAGCAUAUAUGUCCUCUGUGUGCAUUUCUUUAUGUACAUAUAGCCAUAUUAUUAUUAGUCUAAUAUUGUUAUUAUUGCAAAAUGCAAUACUUAAUUGUUAUUUCAUGUGCUGAAGUUAGCUAAGAGGUCAAUUACCUUUCCUUUUUUGACAUCAGAUUGUGGUUCUCAACCACCUGUGCCAAGUACUACCAUGCCCACUGUUGCUGUACCAGACUCAGCCGUGACAGAUUCUGUAGUUCCGGACUUGGUUGUACCAGACUCCGACAUACCACAGUCAACUGGACCAGGCCUAACCGUAUCAGACUCCUGCCAUCCCUGUGUUGGGAUCAGUGAACUCUGGUAACCAACCAUGUACCCAGUAUUACCCACUUGUGCCUCCCCAAACAAUGAUUACAUUAUCCAGCGCUCCAUUUUUGACCGGGGUCUUGGAAUGGAGUAUCAGUGAAUCACAAGCAGAUAUUAUAGGAAGGACAGGGAGCAAUGCUUGUGUUUUCAUUGCCCUUUACAUGGGAAAGCUCUGUGUCCAAAAAAAUUUGACAUGGCCGACAGAUAACCUUUUUCGGAAUCCUGGCAAACAUCCCUGAAAGAAGCCAUGAUCAAGGGAAACCUAAUUGACGAUGACCUAUUUGAUCAGGAAGGAAUAAAUGUGACUGUUGAUGAUGCGGUGUCAAUGGCAGGUGAAGAAUGUGGGGUGCGAGCAUUGGGACCUCAGGUGGACAUCUUUGGUUUGAACACUGUUGAUCAGCUGGCUAAUUUUGUAUCCAGGAGGCCCAGAACUUAACACGAUCUUAUUUUUUCAUUGUUGCACACGAGCGUGCUUCUCUUGUUAUUGUUCACAGUGAUCAAUCUGCAAUGAUCAUUGAUUCACAUCGUCAUAUGAACAAGGGAGCCAUAUUUGCAUGUAGUCAGGCAGGGAAUCUACCCCUCCUUGCUUUAUGGUUCGAUGCCAUGAUGAAGGCAACUUGGCAGUGUUCCUUAACCAUAGCAUCUAUAUCUAAGGUCCUUUACUGAACAAUGUACCAUACGCCCCACGAGAAUGUUUGACCACUAGAGUUGCAAACACAGCAAGAAAAUGGACUAUAUAUUUUGUAUUGUAAACAUAAACAUUUAUUUGAGUUAGGUAACAAAACGUUCAUAAAAUGAAAAAGCAGUUUGAUGAGAUCAUAACCAUAUGAGUUACAGAUAUUUUCUGUAGGCUUUAGAAUUGAAAGCUUACGCGAGUGUUGUACAAUCAGCUAAUCCUUGCGGGCAAAAAAUUUUGAUUCAUUAGAAACCUGUCGUUUUGAUACAAAUCGUUUCGAUACGAACUCAAGCCGUGAAACUACACAACAAUUUCGAUCACUUCUAAUAUUGUUUAUCCGGGCAAUUAUUACUCGUUAUUCAAGUCAAGUACCCGAAAUUAUUUACAUCUCGUCUGAAUCAUUUUGCAUCGAAAAUGCUUUGUAUCGAAACCACCGAAAACUGAAAACAGAACAAGCAUCUAAAAUUUGACUAUUUUUUUUUUUACUUGAACAUUUUAUUAGAAAUAGAUGUUUUCAUAUUCGCCAAUAAAGAAAACGGUUGGUUCUGAUCCCUUUUUGCCUAUCAGUAUUGAAAGGAACUCUUUGUUUUCAAAAUCUACUCAAACUAGUCGCGCGCGCGGGAACAUUGUCAAACUGUUCGCUUCGCUUCUAUGUCCACUGAACAAUGUUCACUUGAUGUGCUCUAACUAAUACGAUCAAACGAUGUAGUUCAUUUUCGAUCAGUAUGGAUGAACAUCGAACAUAAGUGCAACAAUUACAGCACGAAUCUGAUUGUAGCGCAGAUCGUUUGAGUCAAAAAUUUCUCAAAGUGUUACGUUGCGGCGAGUUAGAUGUUCCUCUACGCGGGCGAACGGCUCCUCCUCGAUCUCCAGUUCCUUUAGAAGCGUGUUGACCAUGGUAACUUCUCCUCGGCCACUUGCAAUCAUGUCGAGUGUAUAAAUCUCAGCAGUUGCUUCUGCGACCUUGAAGUUUUUGGCGAUAUCAGCGAAUGACUCUCCUUGCGCCCACCUUUGAAAUGCAGCCUCUUUCUUCGGGAAAGUACUGAUUUUGCCAUACAUUCUUCUUAGGGAAGAUAACUAAGAAGGAAUAUCAAACAAAAAUUACUGAAACUACUAUGGGGUACUCGUUACUUUUUAGGCACAUAACAGCAAACCAACAAGUUUUAUUUUUAAGAAAAGUAGAAUGUUGAUCACGUUGAUCUAUUUUAUCUUCUAAAUAUUUGUGCUUACAUAGAUGCCUUGGUGUAUUUCCACUCGGCAUGAGAUAGAUAGAUAGUUUAUUAAAACUGCAUCGCAGCCAAAGGCUGAAUUACGCAAUUAUUUACAAAAACUUUACAAUACUUGAAAAUUACAAAUGAAUCCUAGAUAAUAAGUCAAAAACUGGUUUUUAAGAUAAUAUUAAUAAAAAUUCUAUAUAAUACAUUCAUAUUAAAAUAUGUUAAAAUAUAAAGCAUGAAUAUAAGUGGGAUAAAACUACAGCCCGGACUGUUUCGACAUCGCAUAUAUGAAAGUAUUACUUGUUCUCAAGCAUGUUUCGAAACCGUAUAAUUUUACCGCGACAGCAGAAUCCAAUAUCGCACUCAACAGUAUCAGACCACCUUCCUCGCGGAAGUUAAAUACCAAACCUAGUGACUGUUACAAUAGUUUUAGCCUGCUACAUAAUACGUAAUAAUGCUCCAAAAUGGGUGUUAACCCCACCUCUAUCGCCGAGUUGCACUUUCCUGAGGUUAUUAUUGAUACUGCUCUUUUCUCGAGCCGUACCAGCUCUUUCUUUAAGUACUGGGGGAGACCGUUGAAAAAGACAGGUGUUGCAUAAUCAAUAACAGAUCUCACGCACGAUACAUAGAACAGUGCUAGAUCUUGUUUCGGAACUCCCGCUCUCUUUAACUGAGUUAGGAAAUAGAGUCUCUUGCUAGCCUUUUUGGUUAUUUCAGUUACAUGGUCGUUCCAUGAUAGAUCGUUCGCUAUUGUAAGGCCUAGUAGCUUUGUACUAGUAACUAACUCUACCUCCUUUCCUUCUAUGAUGAUGGGAUCAAAGACUCUUUGCUUUUUAGCAAAGGAGAUCCUGAGUUCUUUGCACUUAUCGGCGUUUAGUUGAACUCUGAGCAUUCUCCUUCUUCAGCUGGUCUCUUCAGCUCCUACAAUGGCACAAGAAAACGUGAUAAGUAAAGAAAAAUUCAACAUUUUGCUUGAAAAUUUUAAGACGAAUCGCCACUUACUUUCUUUCCAUCUUGACGGGUAAUUGUGGGCGUCUUUGCCGGUACGCGUGCUCUUCGUGAAUGAAUUCGAAGCGCGUCUCAUAUGAGAAUAAAAUGUUCUCACAUGUAAGUUAUAGAGGUGGCAAAUUGUGUAGGACAAUAGCCAGUUAUGAAUCUCCUUUGUUUAGAAUAAACAAAGGUCAAUUGAGAACAAGUCCUUUUCAUUCGGAAAGUAAAAAGACAAUAGCGAGAUUUCUCACUCUUCAUUUUGAAUGGACAAGCCCGCAGUGAAAGUGGCUUGUCAGAUAUAUCCAUAUCAGUUGCUACUUCGAGAUCUCAGAGAAAUAAGGUUGAAAUUGUGUACUUUCGGAAAACAACGUCGGGAUAGAAUUUGGCUGAAUUAGAAACGACGGUGUGAAUUGAGUUUUGAAUACUACUGGACUGAUAGGGCAUCCCUAAACUUUUUACUCGGUGACAAGACCAGAAUGAAAGUUUCAUCGAAGCUUUGGAUUUAUGUCUUUGCUUUUCUGGACGAAAAGGACUUAGUGAGUGCUGCUGGCGUGUGUUACGAGUGGUGGGAAAUGAUCUUCAGAAUCAGAGAGUCCUUUCUGGUGGAUUUAGCGUGGGAGGAACUGGAUCUUUCGGGACGAGGAAGUUUGUAUCGUUUCGUCCCACUGAGGAUGUUUACUGCUUUGAUCAACCUAAAUUUGUCUUCCACAGCGAUCUCAAAUCGUCAUUCGCAGCAGAUAAUACGGGUUGCUGCGAAUUUGGAUAGUCUGAACAUUUCUAACUGUCCUGGUUUGAACCAAAGUUGCAUCUUCCAAAUCAAGCAAGAUUUGAACCAGCUAAGAAAAUCUCCGGAAACCCUCAAUUUACAGUUCUUGCGGUUGCAUGUCUUUGCUCUUGCAAAAAUCUUCAAAUCAUUGUAACUUAUGGAUUGAAGUUAAGUCCGGAGGAAUUGCUUUUCCUAACGAAAACAUUUGACUCAGUUUCCAACGGAACAUUGGAGAUAGAAACAGAGGAUGGCUACAAUGUCGCGAACGCGAUGAAUAUGUUUGCCGAAGAAGUGUUUGAAGACGAACUGUUGUUUUAGCUUUUUUUAUUUUCGUUUUGCUUGGUUUUCGUUUCCGUUUUUGUGAUUGGUGAUUGGAAUUUUGUUGUAGACUGCCUAAGGUAUACCAGAAGAACUAAACAAUGUUUUUAGAAGUCUAUUUGCUUCUAUUACGGCGAAAUGCGAUACGUUGUUGACGUAAGAAAUAAAACAAGAACCAUGCAUAUAGCCAUGUUUUGAGUGUCAUGUUUCUUUGCGCGCCCCAUCUUGCAACAAAAAUGAGUCAGAAAUGAUACUUCCCCAUUUCAUAUUUUAAUGCAACUCGGCAAGCCUAUAGGGUUUGGCUUACUUAACAGAAAGGCACUUCAGAAAAUUUCGAAAAUAAGCGUGUUUAACUUUCUGAAGUGAAAGAAAAUUCAAAUUUCGCGCGCUCAACGUGGAUAGCCAAUCAUAAGGACCGAUUCUCAUUUAAUUAAAAAGUUGUCGCCUUUUAUUCCAACGGUGUAUUUUGCGCUACUCCCGCUGUUUUUGGCCUAGUUCUUGCGUGGAACAUUACUUAAAGAGUUGCCUGCGGAAAAUAAAUGAAUCUGACCAAAGUGGCCGGUUUGAAUUAGCUUAAUAGAAAAAUAGCUUCUAUUAAAAGAACAACUCAAGCUUGCUUGUUUUUUUUUUCCCUUUCUACUCUUGUUUUACAAGCUCUUUACAGUUCUCUUCAGAGGCAAUGAAAUAUACGAAGCUAUUCUAUUCCAGUUCAGACCCGACUAUUCAGUGUUCACUUUUCUACGAGAAAAACACUCCUUUAUGGUCUCAACAAAUUUCCUUUUUGAAUGACUACGAAGCAACUCGCCAAGCAAGGAUGCUGCAAGCACCUAUAACAGGUCGGAAAAUUAGCGCGAAACUCACGAACCGCUUUCGAGAAGAGAGUAGCAAUACUCCUAGGCAUGUUUCAAGCUAAAGAAACUUGGAUAAGUUCCGCCCGUUUUGGCUUUUGACUCGUGUAUGUAUCACCCACUAAUGUACAAAUCGACCACUAAUGUAGAAGUAACCACUAAUAAUAAUAAUAAUAAUAAUAAUAAUAGUAAUAAUAAUGGGUCUUUAUUUCACAUAAGAUAAAGAUACAUAUCCGAUGUUACAACUGUUUAUGAAUAAAACAUUAAAAAAAAACAUAGUGAAAUAUAUAACCUAAUCAUAGAAUCCUAAUUAUCCUGUACUAAGGUUGAGUUUAAAUAUUAAUCUGUUUACAAAGGCAGAUAUGAAACGCUCAGUAUUGAUUUUAGGACGGGCACAUUGUUUUUUACGGAGAUUAUAAGAACAGACUUUCUUUGAAGGAAUAUAUGAAGCUAGCGGGUGAUUGUUUAUUGAAGUUACUUUCUUAAAAACUUUACAGUCUUCAUUCUUUAAUAGAUCUUUGAUUGAAAGGAGUAAAAUGCUCUGUAUAAUAUUAAGAUUAGGUUCAAAAGCUCCAUAUACGGGUAAACCAUAAAUAAAAUUAGGCAAAACUAAGACAGUGAACAAGUGAUCUAUUUCAGCUUGUGAAUAUUCCUCCUUUCUAAGGGUCCUUAAAACAUGGAUACAUUCGUUUGCUUUAAUUAAUUUGAGAUUAACAUGCGCCCAAAACUUACAAUCACUCUGGAUCGUAACCCCCAGUAAAACAAGACUACUGCAUUGAGAAAUGUCAAAUACGGGGUUAUAUUGAGAGUUGUUGCCUUUACUUCUGAAGAUACGUUCUUUACAUUUUUUCGGAUUGCAAGACAUUUUUUUCUCUUUAGACCAUGUCAUGAAUUGUCCCACAAGGAAGUAGCAGAUGGAUCACAUUGAUUACUAACAGGAGACACCACUGUAGAGUCAUCAGCAUAUUUAAAUAGAGGAGGAGCAUUGUUAUAAGAAAUUUCGAGGUCAUUCAAAAAUGUAUUAAAUAGAUAAGGCCCGCUCGCGCUUCCUUGGGUGGUUCCCUUGUUAACGACCUUCCAGUUACAGAGGUGAUUAUUAUAGAAAAUUCGCUAUUGCCUAGCAACCAAGUAGCUAUGGUACCAAUUAACGAUGUAAGGAUUGAGGGAAGCUGCUUAAGUUUUUGAUUUACGGAAUCAAACGCUUUGUUAAAAUCCAUUGUAAACAAACGAACCGCCUUACAGUCGCUGUUGUCUAGGUGUCUAUAUACAUGGUGUUGAAUAGAUAAUAAGGCGUUUGUGCAGUUACCCCCUUGCCUGUAUGCAAAUUGGGUGAGGCUUUGGCUCUUUUCUACAAUCGCUUUGACAUGGGUGUGGUACACAACUUUUUCGAAUGUUGUUGCGAUCACGGACGUGACGUUGAUGCCUCGGUAGUCCGAAUUCUCUUUCGGGGGAUGUCGAACUUUGGUAGGGGGUUGAUGUUCGCCCUCUUCCAAGGGUCCGGCCAGGUGUGAGUUGACAGCGCCAAAUUCCAGACUUGGGUUAUAACUGACGUUAAUAGUUAGGGAUAAUUCGGCAUAAUAAAAAACUUAACCACUAACGUAAUAACUUUGCGACCAUUAAUGUAACAAACUCAGAGAGAACAGCGGAUUGGCUAUUUAGAAUUAUUAGGAUUUAUAAAAAAUCAUACCACCUCGUGCUUUGAUGUCAGGCAUUACUGUUUCAACGAAAUAAGUCGGUUAGGACUUGUUCUAUACCCGAAGAUUUGAUUGCCAAAGGCACAGUGGCUCAAAAAUGCUGCAAAACGUUAACUCUUGUGGGGAAGUUUUCACUACCAGUCUGAAAGUGGCAAUGUUGAGUGACCUUGUAAACAGAGGAGACUCCCUACAGUUCUCUACAUAGCAGGGCUCUGCCCAAAAGGGGCACUAAACAUUUUUUUACUCUUAAGUCGUAUGCAUGAGAUGGAUGCCUUUUCUUCGAAAAAAUGGUAGAGUAAGAAGGUAAGGGGUUUAUGCUUUCAAAGAAAUUGUGGUGUUGUGUCAGUUGGGGGAAUGAUUUAGAAAUUAAGUAUUUUGAACUCAGGGCAAAGCCUCCUCAGGGACCGCAAGCACAAGCAUUAACGGUCUCUGAUUCGCCAGUUUAUCAUGCAUUUGCACGCCAUCGGAUUUACAACCCUGAUACAAAUACAACAUAGCUUUCCUCAAGUAGUACACCAUCCAAAGUAGUAAACAUGUUAAACAUGGAUGCCUGCGAGAAUAACUGCCACUGAGCACGAGCCUUAAGUUGUUUUCCAAGCUCGAAAUAUGAGUAUCGGCGAAUAUCGGCGUAACAUUCGAAAUAUAAGGAUUUGUAUGGGAAAAAACCUAUCGUUUCCGUGACCUACGGAAAGAAUUUCAAUAAUACAAUACAAUAAUUUUUUAUUAACUCUCCCAAAGGGCUAUUCUGAAGUUAAUUUGCAAAUGCGAAAAAGAAGGGGAUAAGAAGAAAAAGCUUAAAUUAAUUACUAUCUUGGUACAAAAUCAAAAGCCUAAACUAUGCGCGUACAAUUACGUUAUCUCUUUGGAGAUCUGAACUAAAUCAACUAUUAACUAUUUAAUGCAUGGGUCUGCACCCGCAAUCCGCGUUUGACGCUCCUCUUAAAGGUACGUAGUGACAGGCUAUUUCUAGUGUCUGCGGUCAGAGAGUUCAAGGUACUUACAGCGCGAUAGUAAAAUGACCGUUGCGCGGUCAAACUUUUUGGUACCUGUUAAUACGCGGGCGGCGAAGUUUUGCACUAAUUGCAACUUCUGUAGAUUUUGCUUUGAGGUGCCUGCCCAGACAGUGGAACAGUAAAAAAGUGUACUAAAAAUAAGAGAAUUCAAAAUAGUUGACAAGACAGGUUUAGUAAACAGGAGUCUGACCCUACUAAUCUGACAUAACAUGAACAGGAGAGACGAUGUUAACGUGUUUACAUGAUCAUUAAAGUUGAGGUGUGAGUCCAGUGUAAUGCCUAAGUCUUUAACUGAGGAUACCAGAGUGAGUUCUUGGUCUGAUGUCUGAUACCUUGCUUAGGAGCUGCCUUGUCCCGAAAAAAAUGAGUUUGGUUUUGCUUGGAUUUAUUAGUAAUUCUACCCAGCAAUGAGACUUGGGUCUUCCGUCAUUUUUACAAGGCAAGAAUUCAUAUUUUUAGCCGAAAAGGAGCAGUAGAUCUUAGUAUCAUCAACGUAGGAGUCGGUACAGCUGGACUUAACUGCGGAGGGUAGAUCAUUUAUAUGUAAGUUGAACAACAUGGGACCUAAGAUGGAGCCUUGAGGCACACCAUGUGUUAUCGUAAGCUCAUCAGAUAGAGAGGUGCCUAAUCGAGUAGACUGCUUGCGGUCCGUGAGGUAACUCUCGAACCAUUCAAGAGCCUGACUUGAUGUGCCUAGGCUGCGUAGUUUGAGAAGAAGUGUACUGUAGCAAGUACUGUCGAAGGCCUUGCUGAGGUCUAUAAGGCCCAUAGCCGUCAAUUGCUGUUGGUCUAUAGUCCUGAAGAUAUUAUCACUAACCAAAAGGCUCGGAGUUUCCGUAGAAUUGUUCUUGCGGUUCCCGCUCUGAUGUUGAGUAAGUUUGUCUUACUUAGUCAGGAAGUCAUUAAAUUGAAUCAAGGCAAUCUUCUCAGCCACUUUAGAAAGGACAGGAAGCAACGAGAUCGGCCGGUUGUUAUUGGGGACCUCAUGAUCACCGUCUUUUAGGUGGGGUACAAUCACAGACUUUUUCCAAGCCCUAGGGAAUUCAGAACAGGCAAACGAGGAGUUGAUUAGUCUAGUUAAAGUCGGAAGUAUGUAAGGGAGGCAGUCCUUGAUGACAAACAGUGGAAUUCUAUCAUAGCCAGGGGCCUUGUUGACGGCAUAACAGUUAAAACCUCUCGGACUUCAGAACAGGACACAGGUUUAAAGUCGAACAAGUCUUGACCAGACUUCGGUGAAUUAUUGCUACAAGAGUGGAGGUAAUCAGUGAGCCCAAGCGACCGGGCCAGCUCAGCGGAUUUACCAGCUGCAUUUACUCCAACAGAUACAACAAAACUGGUUGAAUUCAUUAGCGAGAGUACUGGGAUCCUUGGUGUAAUGCGUGGCUCAACUCGAUUUCUUAGGUAGUGCGCACCGAAUAGUUUUCCAAAUUGCCCCGUUAUUGUUCUUAUUUGCGCAGAUUUGCUCAUUGAAAUAUUCUUUCUCUGCCUUCCGUAGAAUAGAUUUUACUUCCUUUUUCAGGUCUCUGAAAACCUGCCAGUCAUUCACCGACCCAGUCCUCCGCGCUUUCCUGUGCAUAGAGUCCCUUGUCUUCAUGAGAUCCUUGAUAUCGUCAGUGAUGAAUGGAUUCGGCUUGCGUUUUAGCUUUACGGUUUUCAUAGGAGCAUGAGCAUUCAAACAGGUUAAAAAAAGGUCAUUAAAAGCAUCUAACUUUUCAUCUACAGAAUUCAUCAAGUCAAUCGUAUCUCAUAGGAUAUGCGCUAUAUCAUUUGCAAAUUGGUCAGCAUUGUGCUUCCCGAAACUUCGUGUUGUGAUAUAAUUCGUAGCUUGUUUCAAUAAAAAACAGGUUACCUAACAUAAAAUGUGUGUUACGUCCGUCUUGUGUGGUCCAUGGGCCGAUUUAUGGCCGUUUUAUGGGUUGUACUGUAGACGGGUUUCUCUCUAUAUUAAGGUUUACCAAGGUUGGGGACUCCAGCGAAGCGGCCCGACGGAUCCACGGAAGGAAAACGGCCGUACGUUCGCUCCAACGGCUCCAGUCGUCUCCAAAUUCCGCCUAGGUAACACACGAUAGUUCUGCUUUCCAUUCGUGAUUUUGCUUCAAGACGCCUUUGCACUGAGAGCGAAUCAAACGUCGCCAAUCUCUGCAACCUUUCCUGUCUGAAGCCAUUGACAGAACCUUGAUUAGAACUCCGCGUUACCGUUGAAAGAUAGCGACACGGCCUGAGACUCAAAUUACUCACACUCGGGGUGGGAGACAGUCUCUUGCUCCCGUUGACAUCAAUACCCGAGAAAGAAAACAACAAUUUACCUUGAAUCUCGGACUUAGAUCCUCAUAAAAACUUUGCUCACUCGGGUUUUCUUCUGAGCUCCCAGCCGCGAAGAAAACAGUGAGGAAUUUCUCCAGGGCAAAUUUGUCAAAUUUGUCGCUCGAUCAUUUGACUUUUCUUCACAACGACAACGGAGUAUUCUCUUCAACUCCCACUCUUCGUUUUUACAUUUCAUCGGUGCAUGUUAAACCGCACAGGAUAGGAGAUUUGCUGAAUUUGCCUCAAUUUUCCCGCGCUAGCUUUUCUUUGCGUGCACGAACGGGAAAAGGGUAGAUGGCUAACUGACCAAUCAGAGCACGCGCUGUACUUUUGUUAUGUUAUAAAUAAACCUUGUAUGAAGUAGUUUUUGUUUAUUCUUAAGUAUGCUUUCUGCCUUAAAUACUUGAAUUUCGAGUUUUUUUUUCUUUUUUCUACUACUAAGACAUACUCUUCUCCCCUCCUGGACGACUUUGAGUGAUUAAUUUCCUUGUCUCAAUUCCCUUACAGGAAAAAGGCAACAACUACGUGGAGCAAGCGUACAAACUCCUAUACCAAGGCCAUCAAGAGAAGUACGGCAGCACGAACGAGAUUUAGAGAGGCAGCUCAGAGAGGUGCGGCAACGCGAAGAAAAUUUUCAAAGACAGUUGAGGGAGUUACAGCAAAACUCGCAAAGACAGCAGCAACGCGAAGGAAACCUUCAAAGGCAACUAAGGGAGACACAGCAACGUAAAGAAAACUCACAAAGGCAGCUGAGGGAGAUGCAGCAACGCGAAGGAAACCUUGAAAGGCAGCUGAGGGAGACACAGCAACGUGAUAAAAACUCACAGAGGCAGCUGAGGGAGAUGCAGCAACGUGAAGGAAACCUUCAAAGGCAGCUGAGGGAGACACAGCAACGUGAACAAAGCUCACAAAGGCAGCUGAGGGAGAUGCAGCAACGUGAAGGAAACCUUCAAAGGCAGCUGAGGGAGACACAGCAACGUGAAGAAAACUCACAAAGGCAGCUUAGAGAGAUACAGCAACGUGAAGAAUAUUUGCAAAGACAGCUGAGAGAAAAAGACCAGGAAGUAAAUGAACUGGAGUUAAGUCUUUCCUUAGCUCAGCAAACAAUAACUGAACAGCGACGACAUGAAACAUGCGACUGGGUCAUUUCCCGUAAUGAAGUUCAGAUGACAGAGAAUUGCCUAGGGAGGGGUGGUUGGGGAAGUGUCAAUGAAGGUACCUACUGUGGCUGUACUGUGGCAGUGAAGCAAAUCCAUGACCUGAUUCUAUCCCGUCACAACAGGCUUCUAUUUGAAAGAGAAAUGAAUAUUGCUUCAGCUUGCCGCCAUCCCUGUUUGCUACAGUUUAUUGGCGCCACAAAUGAUGAAGGAAGUCCGCUAUUUGUGACAGAGCUCAUGGAGAAAAGUUUGCGAGCUUCGUUUGAAGAGCGGCCGCUUUCCGAAACAGAAAUACGUGUCAUUUCUCUAGAUGUGGCUCGUGCUCUUAACUAUCUUCAUCAGAAGAAACCAUCACCAAUCAUUCACCGGGACGUCAGCAGUGCCAAUGUGUUGCUAUGGCGAGAGGGUGAGCAAUGGAGAGGCAAAGUGUCAGAUUAUGGCACUGCUAAUUUUAUGCAGCAGACCAUGACAGUGGCUCCUGGAGCUACGAUUUACAGCGCACCUGAAGCACUUUCGUCAAAUCAGACUCCUAAGGUUGGUAAUCAUUGGUUUCAGAUCUAAGUACUGCACGACCAUUUGGUAGACUUGAUUCAUUGCUGAUUAUUCCAAGUCAGUUUGGUACUUUUACUGUUACCGGGUCCUUUAGACAAAAUUUUGUUUCCGCAUUUAAAGAAAGGAAAAAAAGCAGUAUUCGCGUGAGGGAGAUUUCCUAGAUUAAGAAAAGAAGACGUUGGUUUGCCUAUAUCAUUGAACCAGGCGUACUCAUAAAAUCACCUGAGUUGCUAGGAUUGAAUCGACGUAGUGUUAUUUUCACGAGAGCUUGCUUGUCAUUAAUAAGAACAGACUGAAGUUAAUAACACCAGUACAUAUCUAUAUUGUUCUUUUUUAGGUCGACGUUUACAGCUUUGGUGUUUUGUUAUGUGAAAUGUCUAUCGGGGAACUUCCAGAUCCUGAAAGGCGUGACGAGCAAGUUGUUCUUAUGUCGAACCGCACUUUAAGAGGCCUGGUACGGCGAUGCCUGCAGAUAGAUCCUGAAGCGAGACCAACCAUGCAGGAGAUCAUCGAUGAAUUAUCCAGAGCUGUGUAA